UUCAGGAAGUAGUGACGCACGGUUGUGUUUUCCACUGUGCGCACAUGAAAUUGUUGUUGAUAUAUAAUACGUGCUUAAUUUGUUAAUUGGUAAAAAUGACAUUAAGUCUAAUGCCGUACUUUACCAAAUAUACACGAAGAAAACUUACAGCUUUUCAAUUUUAACAGCAGCUAUGUUGGUUUAGAGCUAACUAGUUAGCCACAGCCCACAGUGUGAACAAUGGCAGAGGCCGGGGCCCACUUGACCAGCAGCACAGCUCAGGAGCAGCCCUCCAUCUUUGAGGUGCUGGCCCAGGAGUCCCUCAUGGAUGCUGUGAAACCUGCUCUGAGACAUGCUGUCAAGGUCCUGGCAGAAUCGAAUCCAUCGCGAUACGGCUUCCUGUGGCAGUGCUUCGAUGAGCUCUACCUGCUCCUGGACUUCCUGCUACAGAAACACUUCCUGUCCCACUGCAGCGCCUCCUUCUCAGAGAACUUCUACGGCCUCAAAAGGGUGUGUGGGGGCCAGCAGGGGCAGCUCCCUUUAAACCGCAGGUCCUAUUGGCGCUCCCUCCUCUUGCUGUGCCUUGUGCCAUAUCUGCGAGCCAAAGUGGAGGCAGUGUUGGCUAAGCAGCGAGACGAGGAGGACUUCUCUAUUCGCCUUAGCCAGAGCCGCUUCCAGAGAAUGUACCGGGCUGGGGUGGCAGCAUACCCCUAUGUUAGCUCGGCCUGGCAGGCUCUGGUCUUCUGUCAGCAGCUGCUCUUUGUGUUUGGAGUGGCCAAGACUCACAGUCCUCUGCUGUGGUUAGCCCGGGUUAGACUAGCCCGGCUCAGCGCUCAGGACCUCAAGGAAAUGGAGCUGAGGGAGGAGAGCCAGAGGGGACCUAUAGGGGGGAGCCCUCUGCAAAGAAUGUGGCACUUGCUCUCCCAGGCCACCAGGGGGUUCGCUGUGUCCCUGUCCACCACCUUGUCCCUGGGCGUCUUUUUCCUGCAGUUCCUGGAAUGGUGGUACUCCUCGGAAAAUCAAAGCACUGUGAAAACCCUGACGACUCUGCCCGCCCCUCCACCCCCCCUCUACUUGCAGCCAGCCAAUCAGAGCGCUGCAGAGUGCGAGCGCUACCUCCAUACAUGUCCACUGUGUCACAGACCACGCACCAACGCCACAGUCCUGUCCACGUCUGGCUUUGUGUUCUGUUACCGCUGUGUGUACACCUACGUGAAGGCCCACCGCCGAUGCCCUGUCACUGGGUACCCCAGCGAAUUGCAGCAGCUCAUCAAGAUCUAUUCUCCCGAGAGCUAGCGCCAGACAAACCAGGCAAACUAUUCAGACUUAAUCAUAAACAAGAACUAUGAGCAAUUUAGCAGAUGGACUUCAUAACAUUUAAUUAUCUGUAAAUUAUUGUAUUGCUGAAAUAUUUGUAUAAGCUUAAAAUUCUACAUUUGAUAAAAAAUACAAUCUAAUUAUAUUUUAUGAAGUUUUAUGUAAUAGUGCCAGAUAGAUUUUGCUUUUUUUUUUUUACAGAAAUAAAGUUCAAAAUAUUAUCAAUUUAACUUUCUAA